GACUUCCGGUGACGUCGUAGCGGAUGAGACCUUACGGCGAGCCGUCAGAAAGGGCUUGGUCCGGGUCUGGUCGCUGUGUCACCGGGUUGUGAGUCAGCGCGGCCCCCAGAUAUUACACCAAACCCGGCGGCAGACGCUGGAAACCCGAAGCCUAGUAGAUGAACGUCGUCCUCGGCUAUGCUGUCCUGAGAGCGCCGCCGCCGGUACCCGCCCUUCCAUCAUGUCUGAUGUCAACAAGACUCUUCAGAAAUGGCACGCCAGUUUCAGAAAAGGCACAGACUUUGACUCUUGGGGACAAUUAGUGGAGGCAAUAGACGAAUACCAGAUCCUUGCCCGGCAACUGCAAAAAGAAGUUCAGUCGACAAACUCAUCAGACUUCACCGAAGAUCAAAAGAAAACUUUAGGGAAGAUUGCAACAUGCCUGGAGAUGAGAAGUGGCAGUUUGCAGUGCACACAAACAACAGAAGAGUUCAAGCUGGAAGACUUAAAGAAACUGGAGAGCAUUAUCAAAAACCUGCUGACGUUCAACAAAGAAUUUCCCUUCGACGUCCAGCCGGUGCCCUUAAGAAGAAUCCUCGCUCCCGGUGAGGAGGAGAACCUAGAGCUGGAGGAAGAAGAUGCCGCAGCCGUCGCCGGUUCCACCGAAGCGUUCCCCACCAGAGCUCCCGGUACCCUGUUGCCACGGUUACCAUCCGAGCCCGGGAUGACGCUCCUGACGAUAAGAAUAGACAAAAUUGGUCUGAAAGAUGCGGGGCAAUGCAUCGACCCUUACAUGACCGUUAGUGUCAAAGAUUCGAACGGGGUGGACUUUAACCCAACACAGGACACCCCUGUCGCUACCAAGAAGGAAGACAUCUACAUUCAUUUCAGCAUGGAUGUGGAGAUCCAAAAGCAUCUAGAAAAAAUACCCAAAGGGGCAGCCAUUUUCUUUGAAUUCAAGCACUACAAACCCAAAAAGAGGUUCACCAGCACAAAAUGCUUUGCCUUCCUGGAAAUGGACGAGAUCAAGCCUGGACCCAUCGUGAUUGAACUGUACAAGAAGCCCACAGACUUUAGGAGGAAGAAACUGCAGCUUCUAACAAAGAAGCCACUUUAUCUUCAUCUGCAUCAAACCUUGCACAAGGACAGCUAGAACACAGCACCGUUAAAUCAAAGUAUGUUCUUGUUUUCCAAGACGAUUUGUGGAAAGUGAUGGGAACCCAGCCAAAAUGUUGUUCCAACAGUACUGUAGAUCCUCUCGCUGCCUCACAAAUUAAUUUCCUCCACAAGACUAUAAGAACAAUACUUUUAUUGUAAUGUUUAUAAGUACAAUACUGUCAUUGUAAUGUUUAUUAACCGAGGCAUAAUAUAGGGUUUGCUUUAGGCUAAUUAAAAAUGGGCAUUUUUACAGUUUUCAUGGGUCUGCCCAUUCAGGAUUUUACACCAUUCUCUGAAGGGGUUCUGCGAACGUAACCCCUGCGAACAGCGAGGAUCUACUGUACGUGUUUUCUUUCAAAUGAACCCUCACAUUCCCUUUUUGGCUUGCUGUAAAACAGUUAUGUGUUUUCAGUUCAUUGACAGUCUUCCUUCAAGCACAGCGCCAGGUGCUUGUCUUUGUUUGCACUGUUGGACUUUGAAACGGGAUCCUGUAAAACAUCAGAAAACGAUGCUGCCAAAACAUGGACUUGUGACCUGGCCUGAAUCCGGUUACAGGUGCAAAAUUAAGUGUAUUGUUCUCUACAAAACUCAAGACAGAUUAUUAAAAAUGAAGCUCAAAGGUGAGAUUUGUUAAUGUUUUCUAAUUUUGACAAACGAUAAAUCCAUGUAACGUCCUGGUUUAAGCAUUUUAUUAUGAAUAAAUUAAGCAAAAAAUGUAUUUAAUUGGUCCUGAUUCAAACACUGCCCUUUUCUUCAAUUUUCAUAAUCAGUGAUUUUUAAUUUUUUUAAUCAAUUAAAUGAUACUAAUUUCUGCUUCAUUCAAAUUGUAAAACUACUACUAAAAUACAUUUUAAAAUAUUUGAUUGUGUUUUUAUUAACCUACAAAUUCUAUAAAUACAGCAUAUAUAUAAGGAUAAGUGCAUUAAAGUUGAGUCUCUUUAACAAAUGCAGUGUAAAUGUAUGUAAAAGUAUCCCAGUUUAUAUAAAAUAGUAUUCAAUCAUUUAAACCUAAAAUACUUUAGAACUUUCCCCAUUUAUCAAAUUUAAUAACUUGACUAAUGAUGAAAACAAAUAAAACAAGCCCUUCCCUUUGGCCAAAUUGAUAUAUUAAAAAAAAGUUAAAUGGUCUACUGUAAUUUUAAAAUUAAAUUGCAGUUAAAAUAAGUAACAUUUUGCCCGUCCACAAAGUUUCAUACCGUGUGGUGCUAAUGUAUUUGGUUGAUGACAAAUUCUCCAUAUCGUUACAAAAUAUAGUCCAAGAUAAUUUGAGUGUUUUUACUUCUGUUGGCACACAAGGCUGUAAUGGCUGUAAUUGGAUUCCAGAAGCAGCACUUACAUUUGUUCAAUGAAGAAUGAUAUUGAUAUAUGGUAUUUUUAAAAGCAUCAACUUCAUUCGAAUUUCACAUUUUUAUGCACAAAUGCAGCAGUGAGUCAACCAAAUGCAACGUUUGCAUGUGAUCGUACAUAUUUAACCCAGAUGUUUAACAGCAACCCCCCCCAGAAAUGCAGUGACUUUUUAUUUGAAAAAGAAUGGAUGUCUGAAUUAUUACGGUCUUGUGUGGAAGACGUGUUCCAUAUACUUGAUUUUAGAUUUUAUUUUUGUAAUGUUCCAAUGUCCAGGACUGCAAAUGACUUGUAAGAUAUGCUAACAAAUGAAGGUGCGGUAACUGAAUGUGUGAAGUGUGACUGACAGGGCAAUUUUAUCAAACAUUCAUUUCUAAUAAAGAGAAAAGGCAUUUUAAGAAAUGAGUGCAUCGAGUCGUUUUGUGGAUUUUUGUUCAGCACUGGCAGUACUCAUUGUAAAUGUUCUGUUUUUGCAUUGCGCAUUAUUAUGGUACUCUUUUAGUGUAUUUACGGUAAUUCUCAGCAUGCAUUGCUCUAUGCGCG